AUGUGUGUCAAGAGUACGGACACUGGUCUGAUCAUGAGAGCAUUGCAUCUGCCGGCCGUACGGGGGCGUCAUUGUUACUAUUCGACACUUAAUUGGCCCGACCUAGCUCGUAAAAGCGUUGUAAAAAGUGCGAAGGUCUGGCGGAGCUGUUACGAUAAGAAAGCGCCUUGCAAUGUAUCACCUUUUCGAAAGAAUCGAACCAGUUCUCUAAAAAAUGAUAUAUCAUUAGAAAUUAUCAGUCUAUUUGACGGUCUGACCUCGGCAUAUCGGUCGCGGAGGACAGACGGUCGCAAAUAUUUGCGCGCUCUAAAGCAUACGAGGGGCGGGCGCGGGGCGCCGGGGCGAGGCGUGCGGGGCACGGGUGACCUUGGCUCGCGUCUGCUGCAAGACCUUGAUCUUGAGACGACCGCGCGGACGCCCUCGCAACUUCAUGACACCUAUCAUGGCUUGCACUUCAGCACUUCCAUUGUCAUGUUUAAUGCAUCUUCACGUAUGAAAAUCGCUGGAGAAGUAAGAGGAACGUGGGUAUUAAAUAUCUACAUCUGGUACAUAUAUAGGAGUCCUGCGCAUUAUGGAAGAGUACUGGAUGCCGAGUACCGGGUGGGGUCGGGGAGGAACAAGUUGGAGCUGAGUGGAAUGGCACCCACGACCUUGCGAGGGCGAGGUCACCGCCACCCUGCGCCCCCUCCCCUCUACCUGCCUCGUGCCUUCACGGACGUCACUCCAACCCACCCAUGUUCAAAUUUACAAUUCAAGGUCGCUAUUCAAUCAAUCCUCAUUGCGUUGUUUAUUAUAUUCGUCAUUUCUCUAUACCAAUCCCUAUAUGACAAAACUAUGCACAUUUGA